GCUGCUUCUCUUUCCAUUGGGUUGGAUUGGAUUUGAUGAGUUUGACUGGACAUUGUUGUUUGUUGUCCUCAUUCUUCUUCUCCUCAUCGGCGGCUGACCCAUUUUGCUUUGUCGAUUCAACAAAAUAAUAAUAAAGCGGUCGUCGUCACUCGGCCCAUGGUGAAAGAGGGACCGCAGAAAAAAAGACGAACCGGUCGCAUAGUGUUGCAUAGUGUGGAGGAAUUUGCAAACUCCUGAGCUGCUGGAUCGACUGUGAAAACUGGAAAUUUUGCAAGAAAAGGAGGAGGAUAUGAAUUUUUAGAAAAUAGAGUUUGGCCAGCAGUGAGUAGUGGCCGUCGUGUCGUUGUUGAGUUGAGUACGACGAAUAGAAGAAGCACAAUAAUAAUGGCAACUCCUAAUGGGCCUAAUUCACCUCCUCGUUUGGUGAAGGAGGGUCUCGUCUUUAAGCGAGGCGAGACAAUCCGCAACUGGAGACCCCGUUAUUUUUAUCUAUAUGAUAACGGAUCCUUCUUGGGGUUUAAAGGGGGCGUGGAAAACCCGCUGGGAACCGAACCACUCAAUAAUUUUACCGUUAGGGGCUGCCAAAUCAUGAAAAUGGAUAGACCCAAAGCUUUCACCUUUAUGAUCCGGGGCUUGUCUCCGAAUCGAACCCUGGAACGAAGUUUUUGUACAGAUUCCGAGAAAGAAAGACAAGAUUGGGUGAGCUGUAUUGAAUCGGUGGCUCAAGCUUUGGGACCUGGGGCAGGUCCAAGUCCACUUGGAGCCCCUAUGCAUCAUCUAGCUCCUGGAGCAUCUGCGGCCUACUCUGGAUCAACAGCUUGGAUUGAUGGAGCAGGAUUGGCCUCUUCUGGAACGGUGUCAGAGAAUAAAAUGGUCACAGGGACACCGGUUGGGAGCGUGGAUGAAAUGAGUAUUGGCAGCGCACAGUCUUCUUCACAUAUGGACGUCGAUUUAUCUAGCAAGUUCCAAGUUCAGGGUGUGUCACAUCCAAGAGGAUCGGGAAAGGCUAAAGUUACCUUUGAAAAUUUCACCUUUCUCAAAUUGUUGGGGAAAGGAACGUUUGGAAAAGUUAUUCUAUGCAGAGACAAGAUCUCGGAGAAAUUAUACGCAAUUAAGAUUUUAAGAAAAGAGGUAAUUAUAAAGAAGGAUGAAGUUGAUCACACCCUCACCGAGAACCAAGUACUCCAACAAACUAAUCACCCCUUCCUAAUUUCAUUGAAAUGUUCCUUCCAAACUGCCGAUCGUCUUUGUUUCGUCACCGAGUUUGUCAACGGUGGCGAACUUUUCUUCCAUCUGUCAAAGGAAAAGUUUUUCACGGAAGAAAGAACAAAAUUUUAUGGGGCUGAGAUCAUUUCUGCAAUUGGGUAUCUUCAUCAUCUCGGAAUAAUUUAUAGAGAUCUUAAGCUUGAAAAUCUUCUACUCGACAAAGACGGCCAUAUUAAGAUUGCCGAUUUCGGGCUAUGUAAACAAGACAUUACUUUUGGGAGCACCACUAAAACAUUCUGUGGAACGCCAGAAUAUUUAGCUCCAGAGGUACUAGAAGACACCGAUUAUGGCUUGGCCGUGGAUUGGUGGGGAGUUGGUGUGGUUAUGUACGAGAUGAUGAUUGGUCGACUACCAUUCUAUAAUCGAGAUCACGACACUUUAUUUGAGCUCAUUGUCCUCCAAGAAGUCCGUUUCCCAUCCACUAUUUCCCCCGAAGCCAAGGACUUAUUGAGGGGACUGUUACGAAAAAGCCCUCGUGAACGGCUGGGUGGUGGUCCCGAAGAUGCGAAAGAUGUGAUGUCUCACAUCUUUUUCAAGUCGAUUGACUGGAAUGCUCUAGUCCAGAAAAGGGUUGUACCUCCAUUUAAACCCCAAGUGACGAGUGAUACGGACCUACGAUAUUUUGACGUGGUGUUCACAAGUGCACCUGUCGAGCUCACCCCACCUGAUGAAUCACCCUUGGCCGCCAUGGAAGAGGAUGUCGAUUUUUCUGGAUUCUCCUAUCGCGAUCUCUCCUCUACCCUCGGCGCAUCGCUCCGAUCUGGCCCCCUCCAUUCCUAGCCGACCUAAUAAAACCAACAUCUCUUCCACUACAAUCAAUUCGUGUUUGCCUUUGUCUGCCAAUAAGUUAGACGUAGUUGCCAAUUAGGAUAAGCUAACAUUGAUAAACAGUUUGUAUCUCGUGAGUGGAGAAUAUUGGUGGUGGAUGCAUGUAUGGAUGGAUGUGUGAGUGGGUGAGUGGGUAGAUGCAGAUUAAUUAAUUAACUAACAAAGAAUAUCAUUGAUUUUACUACUAUUCUUAGUUUUGCUCUUCUUUUGUAAAAUUCAGAAUCACAUCAAGAAUUCUACAUCAUUGUUUAACUACUACUCCCUUUUCUGGAUAAAAUUAAGAUAACAUGUACUCAUACCCUGUAUUCUAUUCUACGCCUUUAAUAAUACCUCUGACUACAUACUAUACAAGGUCUGUAAUUAUUCUAAAACAUUGUGGGAAUUAAGAAAUUUUUAAGAAUUGUUGACUUAUCUGAAUCUUUAAGCUAAUAAGUAAGAGGUGUACGAUACCGCAGUUAUGUAUUGUGAUAUGACAAGACGAUCAGGUAGAGAAAGUAAGCUCACUUAUCAAGUAUAUACUAUUCCUGAUUCCUUUAUGCAUGAUGAUUACGUUAUUAUUAGUACUAUUUAUUAGCAGCAAAAGUUUGUUUGAAAUUGUUUAUUGAUUGUAAUAUUCAGGAACAAAAUUACGAAUAAAAAACAACACUGGUCCUACCGGAUCAUCGUAGCAAUUGAAAAUCAAA